UUCUUACCUAGCAGAAAAAAUAUUAUAAGAAGCAUAUCAUAUUAUACAGAAAAUACAUCGUUACUUGUAGUCUAUUCUCCUAAAAUUCAUCUUCACCUCUCCCAUCACUGAUAACUUUUUUGACUUGCUUUUCGUUUUUUUGUCAGGAUGAGCUCUUUAAAUUAUAUUUCUGCAGACAGUUUGAAAGAUCUUAUAGCAGGUAAUCGUGAUAAAGUUUCUGUAAUUGAUGUUCGUGAUGACGAUUUUGAAGGAGGCCAUAUUCCGGGAUGCAUUAACAUUCCAUCUCAACAAUUUCUCACCUUAGUAGAUGAAUAUGUUGAGCAACUUUUACAACAAAAGGACAUUAUUGUCCAUUGCACAUACUCCCAAAUGCGUGGACCAAAGGCUGCUAGAAUUCUUUACGAAACUUUGCGUUCUAGAGCUCUAAAUCACUGCCCUAAAAAGGAUUUAUCUGCAGUAGAAAAGGAGCAGUACUUCCAAAAACUACCUUCCAUUUAUAUUCUUCAUGGCGGAUUUCUUGCAUGGAAGUCUCGCUUUGGAAACGUCCCAAACAUGAUUGAGUAACUCACAUAGAUUCCUUUUUUGUUGUUCUGCUUUUUUACUUUUCUUACGUACUUAUGAAAGUUUGAGCAUUAUUUGUCUUUCUUUGCUUUUUUGUUUUGAUCCUACACUUUCGUUCUUUCGUUUUCUUCGUUAUUCGUUUGUACACUUAUAUUCACCUACUAAAUUUCAUUCUUUUCGUAUUGGGGUAAUUCUAUAAUUUUAUUACAACUUUGAAUAAUAAAUAUAAAUAACCA